AUGUGGAUCCAGGUUCGUACGAUAGACGGGAAGGAGACGCGAACCGUGGAGGAUCUUUCUAGAUUGACCAAAAUUGAGUCUUUACGGUUGAAAAUACAGGACAUCUUCAAUGUAAGCCCACCCCAGCAGCGCCUCUUCUACCGAGGGAAGCAGAUGGAAGAUGGCCAAACACUGUUUGAUUAUAACGUGGGUCUCAAUGACAUCGUCCAGCUGCUGAUUCGCUCACAGACAGACUCUCCAGACAGCCCCGCCGCCAAGGACUCCUCUGGUGUUCCCUGUAGUUCAGCUCCACCCCCUGACUUCAGGUCAGAAAGCCACAGUUCCCCAGCUCCGGCCUCCCCCGCUGCUAUGGAAACCUCCACAAAUAUAGACAAUGACAGCAGCAGUGUCACUACCAGCACUGUUAACGAAACCAAGCCGGACACCAGCGCUACCAGUAACUCAGCCAGUAUCAAAAAUGGGUUCAAGUCCUCCAGUCCGGCGCGGGACACCCAGCCCCCCACAUCCAGCAGAAACACACUAGCUGACCCAGGAGUUGGUGUGUACAAGAUUAACGAGUUGGUGGACUGCAGAGACGUCAGCAUUGGUGCCUGGUUUGAGGCCUGCAUCGAAAAUGUGACACGCGCUCCCAAAGGACAGAUAACGCCCACCAAGGGCAAGGUGGGCCGGCCCCCAAAAAGGACUAAUGGAAAGCUGGAGGCCGAGCAGGGACAGGCCCUCGGCCAGGGCCAAACCACAGACAGUAACAGGAAUAAUGUUGUGUUAAGCUCUGAGAGUAAUGGAGCCUCCACCUCUCAGACAGACUCUACAGCAGCUACAGAGACUAAGGAGAGAGAAGAGGAUGUAAUUUACCACAUUAAAUAUGACGAUUACCCAGAAAACGGUGUGGUGGAGAUAAGACCAGUGGAUGUGCGGCCACGUGCCAGGACCCUGCUGCGGUGGGACCAGCUCCAGGUGGGCAUGCAUGUGAUGGUCAACUACAAUAUGGAGACACCAGAUGAGAGGGGUUUCUGGUUCGAUGCAGAGAUCCAGACCAUCAACCAAACCUCCCGCACCAACAAGGAGCUCCGAGUCAAGAUCCUCCUGGGGGGUCCUGGAGAUAUAAUAGGGGAUUGUAAAGUUCACUUUCUGGAUGAAAUCUACCAGGUGGAGAAACCAGGAGCUCGUGCACUCUCAGCUGCAGAUGGACAAUUUAAACGGAAAAGCGGGCCGGAGUGUAAGCACUGCAAGGCUGACCCUGACGCCGAGUGUCGCUUCUGCUCCUGCUGUGUGUGUGGUGGGAAGCAGGAUGCUCACAUGCAACUGCUGUGUGAUGAGUGUAACAUGGCGUUCCACAUCUACUGCCUCAACCCGCCGCUGGCCACCAUCCCGGAUGACGAGGACUGGUACUGUCCCACCUGUAAGAACGACACCAGUGAGGUUGUUAAGGCAGGAGAGAAGCUCAAAGCCAGCAAGAAGAAAGCCAAGAUGCCUUCGGCAACAACUGAGAGCCAAAGGGACUGGGGAAAGGGUAUGGCCUGUGUGGGGCGUACCAAAGAGUGCACAAUUGUUCCUUCGAACCACUAUGGACCCAUACCUGGUAUUCCUGUUGGAACCACCUGGAAAUUCAGAGUUCAGGUGAGUGAGGCAGGUGUUCACAGGCCGCAUGUCGGUGGUAUCCACGGGCGCAGUAACGAUGGCUCCUAUUCGCUGGUGUUAGCUGGGGGCUUUGAGGAUGAAGUGGACCGGGGAGAUGAAUUCACCUACACAGGCAGCGGGGGUCGUGACCUCUCGGGAAACAAACGGAUUGGAGAACACUCUUUUGACCAGACGCUGACACACAUGAACAGGGCGUUGGCCUUAAACUGCGAUGCACCUCUGAAUGACAAAGACGGGGCUGAGUCGAGGAACUGGCGGGCAGGAAAGCCAGUCAGAGUGGUGCGCAGCUCCAAAGGUCGACGCAUCAGCAAAUACGCUCCUGAGGAGGGAAACCGCUACGAUGGUAUUUAUAAGGUGGUAAAGUACUGGCCAGAGAUUGGAAAGUGUGGUUACCUGGUUUGGCGGUACCUGCUGAGACGGGACGAUUUGGAACCAGCACCAUGGACACCUGAAGGACUGGAGAGGAUCCAAAAACUGGGGCUUGCUGUUCAGUACCCACCAGGCUACUUGGCUGCCAUGGCUAACAAAACAAAGAAGGAGGCCUGCGCCAGACCAGGCCGCGGCGGCCGGAGUAAGCACUAUCCCGGGAGGGGGAGGCCGCGGAGACAACGCAAGAUCAAAGAGAAAGAGGAGAAUGACGAGGAAGAGGAGGACGAGCAGCAGAUGGCCAGUGUGGAGGAUGAAGAGGAGCCACAGAGUAAUGGAGAGCAGAAGACAACCAGAGAUAGUGAGUCAUCACCACCGGCGGAGCCGCCUUCUAAACGGAUGAAGAUAGAGGAGACCUUCCAUCUGUCAGAGCAGCAGCAGCAGUUGAUCCGAGAGGACACGGCCAACAAGAAACUCUGGGAUGAAGCUAUGGAAAACCUUAAAGAGGGACCGAAUUUCCUGCGCAAAAUGGAGCAGAUCUUCAUGUGUGUGUGCUGCCAGGAGCUGGCCUUCCAACCCAUCACCACCGUCUGCUCACACAAUGUCUGCAAGACUUGUCUGCAGCGGUCGUUCCGGGCAAAGGUGUACACCUGCCCCGCCUGCCGUCACGACUUGGGGAAAGAUUACGUCAUGACCCAAAACGUGACGCUUCAGAUGCUGCUCGACCAGUUCUUUCCCGGCUACAGCAAGGGCCGAUGAGGUCAAAAUCACAUUUAUAAGUAGAAUACUUGCAGACACGCACAGCAUCCAUUCUGUACACCCACGUAUACCGUCAAGUACCUAGAGCUCCACUUUAAAAUGCAUUGCACACACAUACUGUACUUACCCACGGGCAAAUGUAUAUUGCAUACAGCCAUUUAUGUAUACAAUCAUUCAUACACAAACAACCUCAGUAGGGACUGACCUCAUCUGUUGAACUUGGACUGUCUCCAUUAACAUCACCAGCCUGAAAUUCAAUCAAGGACAUUUUUUAACCUCCAUACUCCUGCCCCACAAACGCACACAAACGCACAAAAGGAGCCCCAAAUAACCACCUCAAGAUAUUAGCUCAUUUUUUGUUGUUUGCCCCUCCACUGUGUUGUUCACUGAUUCCAUAAAUUCACACACAGCACACUCUUAGAGUGCAAAUUUCUCCCAGGCAAUGUGAUGAAAUCAGCCGUUAGACUCCUGCCAACCUGUAUGCAUUUUGUGUACCAUGUAUGCAGUUUUACAGUAAAAAAAAGGUGCUAGUUUAGUAUGGUUAUUUAGGCACAGCAGGACUGGCAAUUUCACAAGGUCACUGAAGACCCACAGAUGAGAUAACACAUUCAAUAUGGGUAAGUAGGUCAUGUGACUGAGAGAUGCCCACUUGGCCUGUUAUAGCAAGGUAAAAUUAGGAAAAACAAGAAUGCACAUGUAUUUAUAUAUGAAAUGAAGCACACAGUUGUAUUCCGUUAAAGCACUUUAUCAAUGACAUGUGCAGCAAACGCAUUAUGUAAGUUGAUCAUGUCACUUGUAAUAAUGCUAUUGCCAUUCCUUAAGCUAAUAAGAAGAGCAAACAACUCGCCAGAGGUAAUGUUAAGUGCAUUCGCAGAGAAUAGAAAUUGGCAGCUGUGUCUGGUUUGUUUGGUGUGUCCAAUAAAGCGGCAAACUGUAAACAUACUUAGUGAACGCAACACCGAUCGACAGCCGCAACUCUCUCCUUAGAUUUUAUGUGGAGAAAAAAAAAGAAAAAAGGGUAUUUACUUCAUAAACAUACCAAAGACAUGAGGCUGUAGAGCAGGGCAGGGGCAAAUAUCUUCAGAAAACUGCUUUAUUUCUAGUGAGGAAUCACGCCUAAAAUUAAAAAUAUACUUGUGACGUGACAUUUUAAACAGGACCAAACCAAAAUAUCAUCUUUCUUUAACAAGGCACUUUUUGUUUCUAUUUCCAAGCACUUAAACAAAAAUGGACAAGAUAAACAAACAUGUACUAUUAAAUCUCUCUCAUAAGUGCUGUUGAAACUUUUAACACUUUUGAAAUCAUUGUUAAAUAUUAAUGUUAAGACAUUUUCUCACCUCCAUCUGUAUUUUCACAUGUACUCUCAUUCAUGGUUCCACGUCUUCAGUCAGACGACAUGGACCACACUGUCCUUGUACUUUAGAUGAGUACGUUCUGGUAUUUUCCUUAAAUUUGUCUACCAGAUCGAUAUUGUAAUGAUAUAUUGUAAAUUAAACAUUUACAUGCAGCACCCGAAAUGCUUGAAAAGCGUGAGGUGCGCCGCUUGCACACUGUGGUUGUCCCUGGUGUUACCAAGCAACCACAAUCAAGCAGGACUUCACACAAAGAUGGUUAGCAUACUGUGUAUUGUGCUCAGCAGAUAUCCAUCUGCUAUUGUCCUCUCUGUUAGAUUUAGUAUAAUAUUCACUGGAGAGCUCUGGGUACCCAGUGCGACCUGCUUCUCCUUUAUUUUAGAAAAGUAGUCUGAUGAGUGACUUCACAGCCAGGAUGAUGCGAGUUAUUUGUUGUCAUGUUGCAUCCAGAAAAUGGGAGAUACACCUGUCUCAGUUUGCCAUGGUUGAGCCUAAAAAGUGGGCCAUUUAUUUCUAUUCCCUGAAUAAGAGCUUUCUAAUCAACAUGGUUCCGUGGAUUCACACCAUCAGAGAAUCAGGGACAUUGCCAAAAUGUGCAGUGUUUCCCAGUAUACAGUGUAUAAGCUAGUGCAUUGUCAUGAAUUGCUAUUCACCAGUCCAGACCCAUAGGAGAAGACAACAGGUUUAAAAACUGUUUAGUACCGAUGCCGUUGGCAUCCAAUGCCCGGUCAGUUUCCUAAUAACUGUAUUCUUUUUAAUCAGAAAUACGCUGAUUUGAUAUUCCUUGACGUAAAGUAGGUUUUGUUCACUGUUGGUACUUAAAACCAGGUAUCUUAUCGACACUAGUACUGAAAAUGACCUAUAUACCCAAAAUACCCAUCCCAACAUGGGGGUAAGUGAGAGGUUGUCUGGAGUGCCUAUAUGAGAGUUGACUGGUGCAUAUAGGCAUAACACAUUAAGGUAGUUUUAUAAAUACACUCUUGAUUGUUUCAAUACACUUGCAUACAACCUAAGAAUAGAACGGCAACAUUAAGAAGUCAUUUGUUUAACCAGAUCAUCAGGUCUAACAUCCCAUGGUCCAUGGCUGAGAAUACAAAUGAGCACUGAAUGGCAAAAACCUGCAUGUGUGCAUUCCUCUUGUCAGCAGACCAAAAGACCCACAACUUUAAUUGUGUUCAGUUAUCUUUAGUUUUUUUUCCAUAUCUGUUCAAUCUGACACACAUAUUACACAGCUCGAGCCAAGCCUAUUUUCCUAGAGUUAAAACAAAAUGUUGUUAAAUUGAUUCCAUUGAUUCCGUUUUCGUUUCCAUUGCUGAUAUGGUACUUCAAAAUGUCCAGAGUUGGCAGGUCUGAUAGGAACUAAAACAAAAAACACCCCAUGAAAAGCAGCAGCAAAGUCUCUGCAAUAAUCUGUGAUCUCAACAGAGGUCACCUGGAGUGCUGAAUUUCAGGUAAUCGAACGUAAUGUUAAGACACCCCCUCCUCUUUCAUUGGCCGGCUGUUUGUUUGUUUGUGGUGAUGUCCUUGUUUCUGUUCAAUCAUUCAGGAUUUUUUCUCUCUUUUUAUCAACAACAUGCAAGUACAAAUGCUACUAUGGUCUUUAAAGCUAGUUGUGAUGUGUAUUACUUUACUCCACUGUUGCUCAAUCUUGUUCAAAGAUUAUUUUCUUCCUGCGUUGACUGGCAAGCUAAUAGCCCUCAUUUCUUUCUCUGCUGUGACCUUCGCUCCCUCUCCUCUCUUCCCGCUGUCUUCUGCCCUCUGUGAACCUACAGUACUAACAAUUUUUAGACGUCUUGUGGACGCUUGGCUUCAGUGCUGUGUUAUUUUUAUUGCACUCUUGAAGAAAAAAGUUUGAAAAGUCGCUUUUAAUUUUCCUAGAAUGCUUACUAUUAUCUAUGUCUGUACGCCAUUUUUUCUACUGUUUUAGUUGCUUGUCUUCUAUUUUAAUCAUUAGUCAUUUUUAUGUGGCGACCUCAAACAUUUGCAGCAUAUGCCAGUCUGAGGAAUUUCAUUGCUUCAUAUUGUGAUCUGAAAUUUUAUACAUGUCAUAAUAAUACUUGAUAUGUACCUAUUAAAUAUUUGGAUUCCAGAAAACAAAA